AUGCAGAGGCCGUUAACCGGAGCAGUGCGAUGGCUGCUUCUCAGCGACCUCCACUUCAAGCAUCACGACCUCGACCGGAUCUGGCAGACGGCGCAAUGGAUUGUUUCCGAAGCGAAGCAAAAUCAGGUCAAGCGGGUGGUGAUUUGCGGCGACCUGCUCACCAGCCGCACGAUGCAGUCAACGCAUGUGCUGUCUGCGUGCUACCGCUUCAUCAGCCUCCUCAGCGAUAUCGUGCCGCGGGUGCACGUCUUGCUGGGCAAUCAUGACCUCGCCUAUCGCCGCGAUUACCAGACUACAGCUCUUGAUGCUCUCAACAUCAACCGAUUAGCCCCCUUUAUAUCGCUGCAUAGCAGCAUUGACCGCCAUGAAUGGGACGGCCGGAGCGUCUUGCUGCUGCCGUUUCGCGAAGAGCAGGAUGAGCUGACUGAGGCUGUGGCCUCUCUUCGCCCCAGUGAGGCGAGCAGUACGGUUGCUUUCGCUCAUCUCGCCAUCAAUAGGGCUAUCACGCAGCGACAUGUAGUAAAUAUCGACAUCAACAAGCCCCACGCAGCAAGCUCCAUCACACAUCGCGGCUUGACAGGCCCAGAUCGGUUUGCCUCUCUGGCUCGAACAUUCACGGGGCAUUUUCAUAGUCAUCAGACCAUUGUCCAGAAACAGCCCCGCCACAACAGCCCGGCCGAUAUGAGAGGAAGCAUCACGUAUCUCGGCUCACCCUUGCAACUGAGUUGGGCCGAUCUCAACGACGAGCAGCGAGGUGUCGUCUUGUUCAAUCCAGAAACGCUCGAGCACGAAUUGCUCAUCAAUCCGCAUGCGGUCAACUACAUAACAGCCGACAUACGCCAAAUUCUCGAUGGCCAGGUCGAUAAAGGUGCUGUUGAGGGCAAACAUGUCAUGCUCCUUGGCGAGCUUACCCAUCUCAACUACGUCACGGCUCGCGAAAAGCUUCUUUCCCUAGGAGUAAGAAGCGUACGGGACUGGUCUCCCGUGGCUUUUGCUUUGCGGGCUGGCUUUGGUGCAUCGGUGCCAGCGAGUGAUGCCGCCGUCCAGCUCUCGGAGGAGCCUGCCAAGGAUGAGACGGACCCAGACCUCACAAGUUACGCAGUUUCAGAUUCUGGCCUUGAGUCUGAGCCAGGAGCCGAAAAACUCGACUUCUCUAAGGAAAUUCGCAAAUAUAUCGACUCAUUGAGCCUAGACAUGUCUCUCCUCCCGCGGAAAGAUGAGUUGGUGCGGGUUGGCCAGCGAAUAAUCCACGCCUCCCGUGGGAUCGAUCAAGAUAGCAAGGCUGUGGUUAAUUACCGUGACUUCCUCGACGGGUCAACUCGAACUACCAAUACAAGGACCGCCACUGAGCCAUCGACCGACGUCUUUGUAGCCGAGCCGCGUAGGCUCACAAUCACCAACUUCCUUGGCGUGCAGACAACCACCACCAUCGACUUUGAACAGGAUCUUCCACGAGGAUUGACCUUCUUGGUCGGAACAAACGGGUCCGGCAAGAGCACACUCGUCGACGCGAUAGCAUGGUGUCAGUUUGGCUUGUGCGUUCGCAGUGGAUUGAAAGUCGACGAGGUCGUCAAUGACCGUGUGGGCAAGAACUGCUCUGUUGUGCUCGAGUUCGCCAAUGGAUACACCAUCGCGCGAUAUCGCAAGCACAAGACUUUUGGCAACCGCAUCGUCGUUUCGUUGCACGGUGAACCGCAGCCACAAUUCGAGCAUCCACUCAACCGUACGACGCAAGAGGCUAUCAAUGACCUGCUUGGCACCGACUACAAGACAUAUGUCAAGACGGUUGUUUUGAGCCAGGAGAGCGCAACAAGUUUUCUGAACUCGGGGCCAAAGGAUCGGGGCAUCUUCAUCGAGGCGUCACUCGGACUAUCAAUAUUGGAUCAGUGCUUUGAGGUAUCCAAGCUGCCCCUUGAGGACAUCAACAGCGAUGUGAACAAGUUAGAGAUGAAGCUAGACGGCUUGAUCGAAAAGAAAGGAUAUAUCGAAGAACGGAUCAAAAAACUGGGUCAGACACAACAGCAUCUCGAAAAAGAGGUCGAGAAGGUAACCACAUCUCUAAACACAGCAAUCCAAAAACAUACAGAUGCCAUAUCAAAAUUCAAUGAAUUAAAGCCCUCUGAUGAAGAAUGCGUACGGUUUAAACAUGAACAAUCCGUAGCCGCCACAGACCUCGGAGAUCGCAGGCUGCACAUGGCGGCCGCCGACAGGAGCGCUCAGAGUUUUCCGAGACUAAGCCAGCCCGCUGAGCUUAACAUGAAGUUUGACGGUGAAAUUCCACUGUUACAAGAUCAAAUAUAUGGUGAACGGGAAAUUUUAAAUCGAAUGGAGAGAUCGCUUGCCCGGAUACGGGAACAAAACAUCGCCAGACCGGCGUCAUGGCUUGAACAGCUAAAAGAGCAAACAGUUCAUAGACUCAAGACUAUGACAGCAACUCACCCCGUAGGUGUGCACAAGAUCUUACACGCCGCGAAGAUUUACAUACUCUACUUUCGAUUGAUAGCCAUUGGGGGACUCUCACGCAUAACCCGGAUCUCAAGCGCCUCUCAAGUAACCAGCGCCCAACACUACAGCCAAACGGCAGCCAUCAACAAUCUCCUUGGAGAUGUCAAAGACAGCUCAUCACGACUGCAAAGCCUGAUGCGCAAAACAGACCAAAUUAUUGCUUUGGAAACCGGCGCCAUUAAGUAUGCUCUCAUGAUCAAGGAACAACUCGCGCAAAUCAUCAAGGAUCAAAAGGCAUGCGAAGCACUGGAGCAACAAGUGACGCUUAAAAAGAGCGAGAUGGACACCUUCAACGGCUUGUUACAAAAAGACCAGUCGGAAUUGCACUCACUAUGCGCACACUGUGACGCGCUGGGUACCAAACUUGACAAGCUCAAAGCUGAUCGCGAGAUUUUUGUUUUUUGGUCAUCUGCCCUGGCGAAGCGCGCCCGCCGCGCCUCUUCCUCUUCAUCUCCAUCAACCAAUUUCCGCGAAUUUAUCCUCGCAAAGUCGCUGUCGGAGCUCAACGCGCGUCUUGUACAGGUCCUCACAGUGCUGUAUGAGGAUACCCAGCGCGGGCGCGUCAUGGCAGCGGGAAUGCUGCGUUUGCUGUUCGACGCUGAUUCUGUCGACACAAUGAUGGAUACAUUCGCCUCGUCCCCAAAAGGCGCCCAAGAUUCGGUCGCCUACGGCAAACAGUCCGGUGGCGAGCGCAAACGAGUCGACCUGGCGCUCUAUUUCGCAGUGUUGCAGCUUACAUGGUCCAGGAGCGCGCACCGCGCACACUAUGUGUUUAUUGACGAGGUAUUCGAUAACCUGGACGAGGCGGGUCAAGCGGCUGUGGUGAAGUGGUGCGGGCUCAUAUCGCAGACGGUGGCCGACUGGGUCGUGAUGAUUACGCACAGCAGGUUCUUGUCGGAGCAAGAUCCAGGGGAGUAUGCGGGCAAAGUUUCGGUUGUAAAGGCGCAGAAAGGACAGAGGGGGGCGGAACUGUAUACUGAUGGGCGGAGAAUUGGUAUUGAAGAUGGCGUUUCAUAAGUUCAGGGAAGAUUGACCUA